AUGGACGCUACUAACAUCCUUCAUCGAGGAGGUUAUCACAGUACAAAUCCUUACCACAACAGGAUACACGCGACCGACGUAACUCAGGCGAUGCAUUGCUUCUUGCAAGAGGAAAAAAUUAGGACGCACUUAACCAACUUGGAGAUUAUGGCAUCGCUGAUUGCCGAGGUGACGCACGAUCUGAUUCAUUCAGGCGUCAAUCAACUAUUUCUAGUUGCCACGAGCAAUCAUUUGGCUGCUCUUUAUCAAAACACGUCAGUUCUUGAGAAUCAUCACUGGAUAGGAUGCCUUCUAGGAGAGUGGAGUUUCCAAUCAGUUACCAGCGAAUGUGAGGCCAGAACUUCAACAGCACAUCAGUUCGUUGAUUUUAGCCACAGAUAUUACACAAGACAAGAACAAGAAUUUCUCAUUCGAUUCAAGCACUACUUGGACGAAAACCUGUUGGAAAUGAGGCGCGCAGAUGAUCGACAUUUCAUUCUACUAAUAGCCCUGAAAUGCGCCGAUAUAUCGAACCCAUGCAGAUCUUGGGACAUCUCGCAGAAGUGGUUGCACAAAGUAUGCGAAGAAUUCUUUCGUCAAGGCGAUUACGAACGUCGUCUGAACAUUCCGGUGAUACCAUUGUGCGAUCGGCAUACCAUACCACUAGCAUACCAAAGAUACAGGCUGGAUUCUUUAAAUUCGUAA